UUGAUUAUGGCUCAGGAUCGGCGCAAGGUACUAUCGCCCCAGAUAGCGCCACCUUCGAAAUGUCCCGGGAACUCCCCGCUGUUACUACCACCACCUCUGGCUUGAUCAACAAUGGACUCUCAGGUAUCAUGGGUCUCAGGUUUACCUGGAUUUCUGCUCUCCAGACUAACCCUUUCUGGCAAUCCCGUAUAGAUCUCUCAAAACCCUUGUUCUCUUUCUACCUCGAACAUCAUGUCAACCAACCCACUCAGAUCAACGCUGCCCCGGGCAGUAUGCUCACACUCGGUGGAACUGAACCUGACCACAGUCAUCGUAUAAAGCAAGAUGAUCACCUAGUGAGUGGUCUUGCUGCCAUCGGCACAGGCACUACCCUCAACGGGGCACCCACAUCCAUUACCGCAAGUAUUUUAACUCAAGUGCCUGGUUCCUCAGAGCUUGUCGGAGAUUGGCAAGGCUUAUGUGCAUUCCGUUACCUCCGUUCCCCAUCUUCGGGUGAAAUUCCUCAGAUUGACGAUGAGAUAACAGAAUCUGAAGGGUCCUAG